AUGGAAUUCUUCAAAGUUUGCUGGGAUAUUAUCAAAAUAGAUUUGUUUGAUUGCAUAACAGAAUUUUUUACGCAGGUUCAUCUUCCCAAAGCUGUGUCGGCAUCUUUUAUCGCUCUUAUUCCGAAGUGUCUGAAUCCACAAUCUUUGACCGACUAUAGGCCGAUCUGCCUCAUCAGCAGCGUUUACAGAAUUAUAUCAAAACUUCUAGCAACAAGGUUAAAGGGUGUGGUGGACAAACUUGUGUCUCUACAUCAAUCCGCAUUUGUUCCAAAUAGAGGGCUUCAAGACGGAGUUUUAGUUCUCAACGAGGUGGUAGAUUACGCUAAGAGGAAUAAGAAGGAACUUUUUCUUUUCAAGGUUGAUUUCGAAAAGGCGUUUGAUUCGGUUUCAUGGGACUAUCUCUUUUAUGUCAUGAAAAGAAUGAAUUUUGGCCCUAAGUGGUUAGGAUGGAUUCAAGCAUGUGUGACUUCCUCUUCUUUCUCGGUCUUGAUAAAUGGUAGUCCAACUAUAGAUUUCCAAGCUAAGCGGGGACUCCGUCAAGGAGAUCCACUCUCUCCGUUUCUUUUUAUCCUGGCUGCAGAAGGUUUAUCAGGAUUAUUGCGUAACGCCAUUGCUAGUAACCAGUACCACCCCUUUCCAUUGGGAGAUUCCAUCCGGGCAGCCUCUGACUUUCUGCACUGCGUGAUCAGCCCUUCAUCAUUUAUUUUCCUUGGCAUUCAAAUAGGCUGUAACCCUCGAAGACGGUCUUCAUGGGAUUCGGUUCUGACAAAGGUGAGGAGCAGACUGGUUUCUUGGAAAGGCAAGUACCUUAAUUUGGGGGGUCGGAUAGCUCUUAUCAAUUCAGUCUUGAACUCUAUUCCUCUGUUCACAUUCUCGUUCUACAAAGCUCCAAAGGUUGUUAUCCAAGAACUCAUUAGUAUUCAACGUGCUUUCUUAUGGAAUGCGAAAGAAAACUUGCGAAGGAUAAAUUGGGUUUCAUGGUCGACUAUUUGUUUACCGAAAUCUGCUGGUGGACUCGGUGUUAAGCAUUGUGAAAUUUUCAACAGAGCUUUAAUGAGUAAAUGGGGCUGGAAGAUUAUGGCUGAGACAGGAUCACUAUGGCAGGAUGUCUUAACUUUCAAAUAUGGAGACAUAAAGGGAGCAAUUCGGGCAGACGAUUCUCCUAGCGUUAAUCCAAAGCAUUCUUUGUGGUGGAGGGAUUUGUGUAUUCUGUUAGGCGUUUGGGGAGCUGAAACAAAUUGGUUCCGCAAGUGCAUAUCGUGUAGGAUUGGUAAUGGUGCAGACAUAGACUUUUGGAGGGAUCGUUGGAUAGGUAACGACACUCUGUGUAAUCAAUUCCCUAUGUUAUUUGAGGCAUUGCAGGAACCGUCGGUGAGGAUUUCGGAAGCUGGUCAUUUCGAACAACACGGUUGGGUAUGGGCCUUUUGCGACAUUUCUUCUCCUCUGUCAGCAUUGGAGGCUGAAGCUUGUGACAGUUUAAUCAAUAUUCUGCAACAUAUAGAGCCAAAUGUAUUGAAUCAAGACGUGUUUAUUUGGUGGCCCUCGGCAGCAAGUUUCUCGGUCAAAUCGGCUUUUGAUAGGUUGUCAAUUGGAUGGGAUCAAUCAUUAUCCUUAAGUGUGGAAGAGCUGGCAGUAUUAAAACUUAUUUGGAAAUCAAAGGUGCCGUCGAAUAUACAAGUGUUCGGUUGGAGGCUGUUGCAUAAUCGACUACAAACAAGGGAUGAGUUGGCAAGACGAGGAGCUUUAUCAGGUGCGCUUAAUUUGGCUUGCCCAUUAUGCUCGGCUUUUGAAGAAACACAUUAUCAUCUGUUUUUUUCCUGUUGUGUUGCUGCCGAAGUUUGGAACUUCAUCAUGGAAUGGGUAGGAGUAAUUUUCUAUCCUACUAAUUUUUCCAUCCCGGAGCACUUUUUACGUUUUAACUCGGUAUUAUGUAGGCGGGAUAGAAAUAAUCUUAGUAGUAUAUUUAUUUGGUUGUCGGUUAUUCGGGCUAUUUGGCUUGUAAGAAACGAUAUAGUGUUUAAUGGAGGGGCGAAGGGUAGCCGAGAGAUUUGUUUCAUGGCAAAAAUGUUGGCCUGGGAAUGGUUUUAUGCCGCUUUUUCGGGUGAGUUUCAAUUACCAUCUGUAAUAUCUUGGAUGGAUAAUCCUGUACAGGUUUGGUUGUAA